UGUCUCUCUUUUAUACCAAAGUCACUCUUUUAUCGCCGACCAGCUUUUUUUAUUAACUUCUCCAUCACUCGUUCCUGCUGGGCAGGUCUUUUUUUUCACACACAAUGCACUUCACCUCAUUCCUCGUCGCGGCUGCGUCCGUUCUCCCUGUAUUCGGACAGCUAUCAGGCAAGGUCGGACCUUUGACCACGCAUGCUGCCAAGUCCGCCAAAAAGACUUGCAAUGUCCUCAGCUAUGGUGCGAAGGCGGAUAAGACGACCGAUAUCGGUCCGCCUCUGCUGGCUGCGUUUGCAGCUUGUAAGACUGGUGGUACCGUCGUUGUUCCAGCGGGUGAAUUCGCGAUCAAGACUUGGGUUACAUUUGAGAGUGGCAAGGGAUGGGCGCUCCAGAUCGACGGCACGAUUUCUCGCACCAGUGGUGGUAGCGGCAACAUGCUGUUCGUGAGGAACGCGAACGACUUUGAGUUGUUCAGCAGCAACGGCAAGGGUGUCAUUCAGGGUAACGGCUUCGAGGACCACAAGACUGGAAAGCGCGACGGCGCUCGCCUUAUCCGUAUUGAGCAGUCUACGAACUUCUCAGUCCAUGAUAUCAUUCUUGUCGAUGCCCCGAUGUUCCAUUUCGUCAUAUCGAAGAGCUCAAAUGGAGAGGCUUAUAACAUGGCUAUCCGGGGCGGUGAUAUGGGCGGUCUCGAUGGCGUAGAUGUCUGGGGUACUAACAUCUGGAUCCAUGAUGUCAUGGUCACCAACAAAGAUGAGUGCGUCACAGUAAAGUCGCCCUCGAAGAACAUCCUCAUCGAAAACAUCUACUGCAACUGGAGCGGCGGCAGCGCCAUUGGCUCCCUCGGAACCGACACAGCCAUCUCCUCCGUCAUUUACAGGAACAUCUACACGGUACAUUCCAACCAGAUGAUGAUGAUCAAGUCCAACGGCGGCAGCGGCUACGUCGAAGACGUCGUGUUUGAAAACUUCAUCGGCCACGGAAACGCAUACUCGCUCGACAUUGACCAAUACUGGUCGUCCAUGAAGUUGAUCGCAGGAGACGGCGUCAAGCUGUCCAACAUGACAUUCAAGAACUGGAAAGGCGGCCUCGCCAACGGCGCACAGCGCGGCCCCGUCAAGGUUGCUUGCUCUGACAAGACACCGUGCACUGAUAUCAACAUCACCGACCUCUCCAUGUGGACCGAGACCGGCAACAAACAGACCUACUCGUGCCGCUCCGGAUACGGCAACGGUUUCUGCCUGAAGAAGGGUACUGGAGCUGGUUAUGCGGCGAUCACGUCUACGCAGGUCGCUGCCCCGACGGGAUACUCUGCCCCGGUUAUGAAGGAGGAUCUCAAGACCGCCUUUGGCACCGCGGCUAGCAUUCCCAUUCCGACUAUGCCUGCCAGUUUCUAUCCUGGCACCCCGCCCCGUUCCAGGCUUGCUGGCCAGUAAACAUGCAUUGUUUAGAAAUUUGGUGUGUGUUUCAGUGAGUUAGUAGCUUCAAUUGUAUAUUUUAGAUUAUUGAAUUUUAUUUUGUGUUCAAGAUUUGAGCAUGCAUUCUCUCG